AUGGCUGCACCUAUGGAUCACUCCAGCUCGCCUCCCCUCCUCCCUGACCUCGGCAGCUUCUCCGACAGCUGGCCGACUAACAAGCCGCUCGCGCGCGCCGACGACGUCGACAUCGAUAUGCAUCCUGCGCGACAGUGCAGCUUCGACUUCUCGCCGCCGGCGACCCUCGAGUGCUCCGAGCAAGCCGCGGAGAUGGCCGACGCCGACCAGAUGUUCUGCGACGGCCUGCUCCUGCCACUGCGAUUCAUACGGCGCCUGCAGGAAGGCGGCGACGACAGCGUCGGCGACCCCAAGCAGGAUGCCGUCCCGGCGCUCCAGCGAUCGCGCUCGCUGGACUCAUCCCAGAGGAUGAUGGCGACGAUGGACCCCGCGAGCAAGCGCAAGCGCCACCAGACGGCCUGGCCAACGUCGCUGUAUUCCUCGCCUUCAUCUCCCCGCGGCGCGGCGACUCCGUCGAGCGCCAUACUCGGGGGGCCGCACGUCAGGCUCAGGCUGCCGUCCUUCGGGAGGUGCGGCCGCGUGCUGCCGAGGCGGCGCCUCUCGUGCAGGCACCUGAGCUUCCUUGCACCGCUGUAUCAGAAGAUGGCGAGCUGCGUUGGGAGGAGAAGCACCACGACGAGGCGCUUCUCCGGACGUGCCGCUGAUGAGUCCCGCGAAGGUAAGGUACUGUGCGAUGUAGGUUCAGAGCAUGCAAUCAGUGACGCUAUCCUGCACUGCAAAAAAUCUCUCCAGGCCACACUGGGCCGAGGCUAAAAAAGCCCAGGGCUUGGAAUGCCCGUAGGCCGAGGCUAAAAAAGAGACUGGAAUGGAGUUUGCCAUGUGUUACGAAUUAUCUUGAGGAUUACUAAAUCCUAAUGGUUCAUUUGUCCGAACAAGCAAGAACGUGAAGUGGGACUGAUACAUU